UUUAAUCUGUUCCCAUCAGAGGAACAGCAUCCCUCACGUCCCUCACGUCCACUCUGAAAACCAACCGAACCGGAGUCUCAAACAGGACGAAGAAACAAACUUGGUGUUUUGUUCUGAACUUCGGCCGGACGACAAGAAGUCCUGCAAGGUUCCUCUGCAUCGCUCUCAGCACAACCAAAGACUCUUGGACUGCAGGAGACGCCGGCAGGGAGUCACUUUUAACUGUCACUCAGAUUUUAGUUUUUUUUUUACUUAAGAAUCUGGUUUGUACAACUUAAAAAGUUCUUGAAGGUGACUCUUUCAGCACAACCCGACCUGGAGACUCGGACAGGAAACGAGCCGCAGGGGGGCGGGUUGGGGGACUUCUGCUCAGAUAUUGCUCGUUUAUGGACCUUUUGGAUCUUGGUGGGAGGAACUGGAAAAAACCUCGUGCACGUUGGCUCUGACAUGCUGGUUCCAUGAACUGACGACGCCUACGUCCAGGAGGUCCACCUUGACCGCAGACCAAGCUCACUGUGGGAGGGGGAGUUUGACCGUCUUCCUCUAGACCCCGGCUCUGACACAUUUCUGCUGAAGGAGGUUUCUGCAGCCACCAACCACGAGCUGUUACCCGUAAGCCGAGCGGGGACCCAGUUUUUCUGCAGGAGGAAUGAAGUUACCAGCUCCCUCCCCAACUGACUCUCAGGUGGAAUAGUGCACAGGACUUUUGGGUUUCCCUGCGAUUGGACAAAUGGCAAACAUGAGCGCUGUUAGCUGGACCUCGGAGGCUGCACCGACACCAGGAAGUAUCGAGUUGCUCUGAGAAACCCAAUCUGCUGGCUCUGGUUACCUGUGCCGCCCACAGGACAAGGUCCAGAGUUCUUAUCAGUCCUGUGAAGCUGUGACGUUGGAACAGAGGUGAGACCAACGGACGAGGCGGAAACGCCAAGCGGGAGGGGGGAUUACAGCCUCGGGAUUAAAGCAGCUGGAGUCAGACGCUGCUGGAUGAGGAUGCACAGAGGACACCUGCGAGCUCACACCUGGAUGGACACGACCCACAUCUCCCCGUGAUGGAGCCUCGCCACAGAGUCUGAGUGGGUUUGUGGUGCCGACGGUCAUGUACGUCCUCUGCACUUUGGCAGUCCUGACGCUCCACAGCCUCCUCAGGAGACGGAGCAGCGAGGAGCCCAGCGGGCAUCCGGAGGAUGGAGAUGGAGAGAGAGGAGGAGGCGGAGCUGGGAAAACCGAAGACCGGAGGCCCAGUGGCACGCGCCGGCGGGUUCAGGCGGUCCAGCGGUCCAGCGCUUGGCUCAGCCCAGCGGUCAUGUUCGGCGCCAGAAAGAACUGGGACAUCGGCCACGCCCCCUGCCUGCAGGAGCUCUGGAAGAAGGACCUCUCAUUGGACGCCAGCUCUCUGGACUUCCUGAGUGAUGCUGAGGACGAAGGCUCCUUCCUGUCUCUGCCCGCCGGCCCCUUCUCACCACGACCGUCUCUGAGCGCCGACGCCAGCCCCCCCAACCAGCAGCUGCUCAUCCAGAGGGUCACCUGGUCCUGCUGCUGGACUCCUGCCCACACUCUCCAGGACAAGGUCAGUGAGUUCCAGGCUCGUCUCCGCUCGGAGGAGGUGUCCCGUCACCUGCUGCUGCAGCAGCUCCAGCGCAGCGUUCAGCCCCAGACGCUGCAGGAGGGGGAGCCCCCGCCGGCCCCGCCCAGAGGUGUGAGGGGAUUGCAGCCCGCGGAGCGUCAUUUCUGUCCAGGAGAAGAGCAGCUUGUUGUUGAGCUGCGCAAACAGGUGGAGGAGCUGGAGAAGAAGCUGUUGGACCAGACCCUGGAGGUGGAGAGACUGCGCUCUGAGCUGGGGGCGACGGACCUGGAGAAGCAGCUGGAGCUGCUUCUGGUGGAGAACCAGCGUCUGAAGCACGAGCUGAAGUCAUGCCGGAGCUCGGAGCACCAGAAGAGCAGCAGCGCUGCUGCCGACGCCUGCAGCUGCUGCCCCCACAGCCAGGACGCGGAGGCCCUGCGGAGGGAGGUGUCCCGCUGGGAGCUGCAGGCCCGGCAGAGGGAGCAGCGGCUGGCUGAGCUGGAGCAGGAGCUGCUGGAGCGCAGCGGCAGGCUGGACGCCCUGCACCGGCAGCUGGACGACAGCCGGCGGCAGGUGGACGAGGCCCGCAGGAGGCAGCUGGAGGCCGAGCAGAAGCUCAGCCACCGGCUGCACGACUGUGAGGACGAGCUGGCCCGACGGCCCACCACCCCCAGACUCAAGUACGUGACCCAGACGGUGGAGGUGGAGUCGGCGGACUCCCAGAAGGCUCUGCUGGAGCUGCAGGUGAAGAACGGCGCCCUCCAGGAGCAGCUGUCCGUGCAGAGGCAGCUGCUGCGAGAGCUGGAGACGCAGCUGCACGAGUCGCAGCGCACCAGUACGCAACUCCGGACACAGCUGUUCGCCGACCAGGACCGUCUGUGCAGCCUUCUCUCCACGACUGUCAGCAGGGGAAAAGUCGAGACGGUUCGCAGGUUAUCCAAGAUCCUGGUCUACGAAGGAGAGAUGGAGAGAGCUCAGAGUCAGCUGGAGGCGGAGAUGCAGAACCUGGAGGAGGAGAAGAACCGCGUGAUCGAAGAGGCGUUCAUCAGAGCCGAGAGCGAGAUGAAGGCCGUCCAUGAGAACCUGGCAGGGGUGCGUAUGAACCUGCUGAGCCUCCAGCCGGCUCUGAGGACGCUGACGUUGGACUACAACUGUCUGAAGAGGCAGGUGCAGGACUUCCCCUUCAUGCUGGACAAAGCCAUCAGUGAAGCCAAACAGGAGAUCUGUCAGGUGAUCGGCGAGGUCAGCGCCGCCAACCAGGACCUGCUGCGGAAAUACAAGCGUGAGAUGAACCUGAGGAAGAAGUGCCACAACGAGCUGGUCCGACUCAGAGGAAACAUCCGCGUGCUGUGCCGCGUCCGGCCCGUCAGCCAGGAGGAACAGGACUCCGCCGAUGCCAAAACCACGCUGAGCUUCGACUCGGACGACGACGCCCUGCUCUACCUCUCCAGCAAGGGCAAGGUCAUGACCUUUGAGCUGGACAAGGUCUUCCCCCCUCUGGCCACGCAGGAGGAGGUGUUCCACGAGGUCCAGUCGUUGGUUACUUCCUGUAUUGAUGGUUUUAACGUCUGCAUUUUCGCCUACGGUCAGACUGGAUCGGGGAAAACGUACACCAUGGAGGGCGUGUCCAGCGACCCCGGCAUCAACCAGCGAGCCCUGCGCCUGCUGUUCUCCGAGGUGACGGACAAAGCUCCGGACUGGGACUACAAGAUCACCGUCAGCAUGGUGGAGAUCUACAACGAGACGCUGCGGGAUCUGCUCCGAGAGAAUCCCACCGACAAACUGGAUAUCAAGAUGAAUCCUGACGGCAGCGGUCAGCUGUACGUCCCUGGACUCACCGAGCACUCCGUGCAGAGCCCCGAGGACAUCAACAGGGUGUUUGAGCUGGGUCACAUGAACCGGGCCACGGCGUGCACCAACCUGAACGAGCACAGCUCGCGCUCCCACGCCCUGCUCAUCAUCACCGUGUCCGGAUACAACAAGUCCACCGGAGCCCGGACGCAAGGGAGGCUGAACCUGGUGGACCUGGCGGGCUCGGAGCGGAUCGGGAAGUCCGGUGCCGAGGGCGGGCGGCUCCGGGAGGCCCAGUGCAUCAACAAGUCUCUGUCGGCGCUGGGCGACGUCAUCAGCGCGCUGCGCAGCAGGCACGCACACGUGCCCUUCAGGAACUCACGCCUCACCUACCUGCUGCAGGACUCGCUGAGCGGAGACAGCAAGACCCUGAUGAUGGUGCAGGUGUCUCCGUUGCCUGGCAACACCAGUGAGUCGGUCUGCUCGCUGAAGUUUGCCCAGAGGGUUCGCAGCGUGGAGCUCAGCUCCUCGUCCUCCUCGUCCAAGAGACACGAGAACUCGUCCGCCUCGUCCUCCCCCACGCACGACAGCGUUGAGCUGGACUCGCCCCCGGUCACGCCCGGCCCCCUCCCCCUCUCCCGGGCCAGCAGCGCCGGCUCCACCCUCUCCUCCGCCUCCAGGACCCCCAGCAGCUCCCGCAGGAGGUCCCAGUCCCAGCUGUCUGCAGACAGACAGGUAGACAGAGCCAGCCCGUUGGUGGGGGACGGUGGGCAGGACGCUUGAAGCUGACAGCCUGAUGAGGGACGGACCGCAGACGGACCCCAGCCGGGCGGACGGACGGACGGACGGACUACAAGGCCCGCCCCCCUCAUCAUCCGUCUGGAGACACGUCCCUCCGUCCCCCGGACCAAACCCAUAUCCGGACUGCGCCGCCCCCUCUGACAAACUUCCAACCACAGUAUUUGUGUGUGAAGCUGCACUUUAAACUCGUAGAUUUAGUUCCUGACGAGAGCUGUUUGUGUAUUUAUGUUGAGCCUCAUCUGGAUUUUAGUUUCUGCUCCAGAAGCCACACUUUUAUUUCCUUCCAGGACCUGAAUGAGUUUUUUUAUGAGUUUGGAGCACAUGAGACAUUUGAGGAGCAUUUUGAGGUGAGAUGGGGUUGUCGCGUCUUUCCUCCAAUCAAGACGUUUCCACGGACGUCCCGUCGGCUGUCGACUCUCACAUGACAUUCAGCUGUAUGUUUGCAUUUGUUCAGUUGGUUUUUUUGUCAAUAAAAGCUCCAGAAAU